CAGACCCGUCCAGGACCAAGGGAUUACUGGGGAGGGGCGUCUUCACUUUCCAAGUGGGGCCACUGGCUCGGAAGCAGGAUGUGAAUAUCUGUCCCCGCGCAUUCGCGAGUGGAGAAGAGGUCGACGAGUGCGUGGUGGGUCCCCGAGCUGCACGCGUUGUCGUGUACCUGGAUGCACCUGGGCGCACCUGGACGUGCCCCUCUCCGUGUGUGUCCUGUGCAGCAGCGAAAAUCUCUCUGGUUCCACUUUUCCUUUUUUUUUAGGCCACAAAUCAGGUCGUGUCCCUCCCUCCUUCCAGGAAGCCCUGGUUAAAUUGGUCCACCACUGCUUGCAUGGUCUUGCCCCUGCCGGCCACCUCCCUCCUGACCUCACUGCCCCUCCCCUUCUGUUCCUGGCUCCUCACCUUUCAGCUGCACUGACCCUCUCAAGGAUUUUAAACGUCAAGAGCAAGCUCAUUCUUUGCAUUUCCUGUACCCCCCACCUGGGCUGCCCUCUCUCCAAAUCUUUGUGUAACCGCCUCCUUCUCUUACCGAGGACUCCGCUCCAGGGGCACCUCGUGGGGGUGGCCUUCCUGAACACCCUGUUUAAAGUAGCCUGUCGCGUCCCUCCUUACCAAAAAAAAAAAAAAAAAAACCUGUUGCCAGGGAGUCGAUUCCAACUCAUGGCGAUCCGUUACGCAUUACAAAGUAGAACUACUCCAUAGGGUCCUCUUGGUUGUCAUCUUAUAAAAGCAGAUUGCCAGGCCUUUCUCCCGAGGUCCACAGGGUGGGUUCGAACCACCAACUGUUUGUGCCACCCAAGAAUCACACCUCCCUGUUUAAUCCUUCGUUGAUUACCCUUAGAAAUUCUUUUCUCCAUUCUUUGUGUGCUGGUUUGAUGUCUGACUCGUCCACCAAAAGGUAAGGUUGGGGGAGGGCAGGGCCUUUGUCUCCUUCCUCACUGUGUCUCCAAGGUCUAGAACAGAGCCUGGCACACAAUAAGGGCUCAACCAAUCACGGUUUGUCCAAUGUUGAGUAGGAGACCCCAUGUCUGUCUAUGUCCUUGUUGUCUGCAAGUAGGUGGCCAUCCCCCUGUACCUGUGCCGACGUGUGUAUCCUCUGACACAACACCGGCAUGAAAACCCCCCUCUCCCUCUUCCCCGUGGAGUCCCUGGGUGGUGCAAAUGGUUAAGAGCUCAGCUACUAAUCAAAAGGUUGGAUGUUUGAGUCCACCCAGAGGCACCUCAGAAGAAAGGCCUGGCAAUCUACUUCCAAAAACUCAGCCAUGGAAAACCCUAUGGAGCACAGUUCUACUCUGACACACAUGGGGUCACCAUGAGGCGGAAUCAACUCAACAGCAUCUGGUCUGGUCUCUAGUCUCUUCCUCAUGUUUCCCCUCCCCCAUCCCAGAUCCAGCCCCUUUCCUCUUUCCCCUGCCCAAAUAUUCAGAAAUUAUCCCAAAGGACCCAGAGGCAGGCGGCUGGCUGAGCUGGCCUUUGGCUGACCUGUGCUCCAUCUGAGCUCUCCAAAUGUCCAACAACCUUGGCAGUGACCCACUUCUGUCUCCCCAGUAAGCAAGGUAUGGGUCAGAGGGACCAGGGAUUAGGCGACUCUAUGACUGAGGAGGCCAGGCCCAGCUGACAAACAGGAGGUGUACAGGUAUCCAGGAGACACACCUGGUGCUCAGGUAUGCAGUGCCUGGAGCCAACUCCCUGCCCAGUGCCCCACCCCUAAAGUCACAGAGGGCUGGUCUGGGAACUUCGUGGCCCUGCCAGGCCCUCAGCCAGGCUGACUCAGGAGGCAGGAAUCCCUCUCUAUUUCCCUGCAGACCCUGGAAGACCUUUGGGGGUUGGGGCAAGCAGACCCCUUCUUUCCUGCCAUCCUCAGGCCUGUGUGAUUACAGAAUGUUUGACACCUAAAUUUGAUCAUCGUAAUAACAAAAUAUAUCUGUUCCAAAAUAUAAGAAGAAUGCGCAGAUGUAAAAUUGUUGUUUGCUGACAUUUCUCCAGAAUGUGACCCUUGAAGGUCCUUAAAGAUGGUGUCACAUUCGAAAGCAAUGUACAAGUAAGAUUUUCUCAUAUCCUAAGAAUCCCCAAGUGUGCACAUAGCUUGCUGAGAAGCCAUGGACAUUUGUAAGUUAAAUUCACACAAUCUGGAAUGUUCUUUCACCCAGAAAGCCACUGGGAUCGCUCCCUCAAAAUCCUUCCAGUCUUUACUCAAUGAAAAUUUCCUCAGCCAUCUUAUCAAAAAUGUGAACCACACCACGCAAACCUUCAUAUCCCAUCCCUGGAGGUUUGGUUUCCUGGUUUGGGUGGUUUAGUUUUAAUACUUAGCACACUCUGACUGACUCAAAAAAAAAAAAAGAAAUCCAGUUCCUGUAGCGUCUAUUCUGAUUCAUGACGACCUCAUGUGUGUGUGAGCAGAGCUGUGCUCUAUAGGAUUUUCAAUGAUUAUGACCUUUCAGGAGCAGAUCGCCAGGCCUUUCUUCCAAGACACCUCUGGGUGGGCUAGAACCAUCAACCUUUCGGUUGGUAGCUGAGUGCUUAACCAUCUGCACCCCUCAGGGACCCCUUGACCUACUCCAACAUGUGUUUGUUUUCUUCAUUGCUGUCACUCUUGCCCCCAGAACAUCAGCUGUUCACUGCUGGGCCCCAGUUCCUGGUGCAGCACCUGGCACACUGUUGAUGCCCUAUAAAUAUUGAUUGAGUGCAGUAGUUAAUUACAUUUCUAUGAAAUGCGGCAUUAAGCCAUCUUCUCUGAUGUUUUCCUUCAUGAAAAUUGCAUUGCAUUUCAAAGCAAUGCGUAGGUUAGGUCUUCUGGCUUUGCAAGAAUCCCAGUGAAUGCAUGACUGCUUCCAAGAUAUCCCAGCCUAUUCUAAGUUAGACAACGCACUGCUGUGGAGUCAAUUCUGACUCAGAGCGACCCUAUACGACAGAGAAGAACGGCCCCCUAGGGUGCCCAAGGCUGUAAAUCUACAGAAGCAGACUGCCACAUCUUUCUCCUGCAGAGCGCCUGGUGGGUUCAAACCACCGACUUUUUGGUUAGCAGCCAAGUGCUUUAACCACAGUGCCACCAGAGCUCAAAUUAAACCAGUUACUCAUAAAACAAAAAAAAAAAAAAAACACAUUGCUGUCAAGUAGAUUCCAACCAUGAUGAUCUAAUAUGUUACAGAGUAGAACUGCCCCCUAGAUUUUCUAGGCUGUAAUCGUUACAGAAGCAGAUUGCCAGGUCUUUCCUCCACGGUAGUGCUGGGUAGGUUCAAACUGCCAACCUUUAGAUUAGCAGGUGAGCACAAACCAUUUGUGCCCCCCUCAGGGACCUCAGUUUACUCAUAGUCAUAUAUAUAUCGAAAACCCAUUGCUGUCGAGUCAGUUCUGACUCAUAGCAACCCCACAGGUCAGAGAAGAACUGCCCUAUAGGGUUUUCAAGGAGCACCUGGUGGAUUUGAACUGCCAACCUGUUGGUUAGCAACCAAACACUUAACCACUACACCACCAGGGCCCAUAUAUAUAUAGUUGUAUAUCGUUUUUUGAGUUUUUUACAUAUAUAUAUAUAUAUAUAUAUAUAUAUUGGUUAUUAGUUGCCAUCAAGUUGAGUCUGAUUCAUGAUGACCAUAUAUAUAACAGAACAAAAUGCUGCCCUAUCUGCCCCUUCAUGAUUCUGGCGUGUUUCAGUCCAUCCUUGUGCGUCCCAGCUUGGAGGCUUAUCUUCCAGUGCUGUAUCAGAUAUAUUCUGUUGUGAGCCCUAAGGUUUUCAUUGACUGACUUUCAGAAGUAGAUUGCCAGGCCUUUCUUCCUACUCUGUUUUAGUCUGGAAGCUCUGCUGAAACCAAUUCACCACGGGUGAUCCUGCUGGUAUUUGAAAUACCAAUGGCACAGCGUCCAACAUCAUAGUAACACAUGUUGAAGACUGAAGCCUGUUAAAGAUACGAAGCUCAGCCCUGGCACCCUCUGCACCCAAGAGUUCCAUGCAGGUGCCACAGGAUGGAGAGGACCUUGCCAGCCAACCCUGGUACCACGGCCCCCUGUCCCGCCAGAAGGCCGAGGCUCUCCUUCAGCAAGAUGGUGACUUCCUGGUUCGUGCUUCUGGGUCCCGCGGGGGCCACCCCGUGCUCACCUGCCGCUGGCGAGGCUCUGUCCUUCACUUCGAGGUGCUACGUGUGGCGCUGCGGCCCCGGCCAGGCCGGCCUCCGGCCCUCUUCCAGCUGGAGGACGAGCGCUUCCCCAGCCUGCCGGCCCUGGUCCGCAGCUACGUGACCGGUCAGCGCCCACUGUCCCAGGCUACAGGGGCCGUGGCCUCCCGGCCUGUGACCCGCCAGGGGCCUCUACCGCGCAGCUUUAGCGAGGACGCCCUUACAGACAGCCCAGCUUGGAGAGAGCCACUCAGGACUAGAAAGUGGAGCGACAGUCAGCCAGCAGGUCUGGAGCAUACGGGGCAGUCAAGAGAGGACCAUUCUGGACCAGGAGCCUUGGCCUUGCCCCGAUCUGCUCUGCCUCGGACAGGCAGUGACCCCUUGCUGUUGAAGACCCAGACUCCCCUGGGGGCUGUUGCUGACAGCCUCAGGGCCUCCGAUGGGCAGCUUCAUGCCAAGGCACCCACCAAGCCCCCCCGGACACCCUCCCUGGUGCCGCCUGAGGCCUCCGGACGCCCCCCAACAUACUGUGAGCUGGUGCCCCGUGUGCCCAGUGCACAGGGAGCACCCCCUGGCCAAGGCUGCCCAGAGCCAGAGACCCCAUGGUGGGAGGCCCAUGAGGAGGAGGAGGAUGAGGAAGACAGAACUUUCCAGAGACCCCAGGCCCAGGUCUCUUUCUGCCACCCUGAUACCCCAUCUCGCCUGCUGGGCCCCAAGAACCGGCCCCUGGAACCCGGGGUCCUGCACACUCUCCGGGGCCUGUUCCUGGAGCACCAUCCUAGGAGCACUGCCCUCCACCUGCUGUUGGUGGACUGCCAGGCCACAGGCCUCCUGGGAGUGACCAGGGCUCAGAAGAGAGCCAUGGGAGUCACCUCUGGCCUGGAGCUGCUUACACUUCCCCAAGGGCAUCGCUUGAGGUUGGAACUGCUGGAGAGGCAAGAGGCACUGGCGCUGGCCGGGGCGCUGGCCGUGCUGGGAUGCGCAGGGCCGCUGGAGGAACGCGCGGCCGCGCUGAGGGGCCUGGUGGAGCUGGCGCUGGCGCUGCGGCCAGGGGCCGCAGGGGACCUGCCGGGGCUGGCCGCGGUCAUGGGCGCCCUGCUCAUGCCCCAGGUGCUGGGGGAGAAGGGCUGGGGAGGCGGCCGUGCAGGUGACGGGGGAGAGGAGGCAAGCUCUGUUCUCAUCCCGCGCACUCAGGUGUCCCGGUUGGAGCGCACAUGGCGCCAGCUCCGGCGAAGCUACACGGAAGCGGCGCUGGCCUUCGAACAGGAGCUGAAGCCGCUGAUGCGGGCGCUGGACGAGAGCACCGGACCCUGCCAGCCCGGCGAGGUGGCGCUGCCGCACGUAGCACCCGUGGUACGUCUGCUGGAGGGUGAGGAACUGCCGGGGCAGCCAGACGAGAGCUGUGAGCAGCUGCUGCGCACCCUGAGCGGGGCGCGUCGCAUGGCCAGGGACGCGCCCAAGUUCCGUGAGGUGGCAGCCCAGCGCCUGCGAGGAUUCCAGCUGAACCCUGAGCUGAAGGAGGCACUGACCACCAGCUUCCUGCGGAGGCUGCUCUGGGGGAGCCGGGGAGCGCAGGCACCACAGGCCCAGCGCCUCGAGAAGUUCCAGCGUGUCCUUAGCACCCUGUCGCAGCGCCUGGAGCCCGACGACUGAGAGCGUGAUCAUGUUCUUCCCACCCUGCACGGUGCUAUGCAUACCAAGGAAGUGGCCCCAGAACCCUCACUCAGUCACAGACUGUGGGGAUCCGCCUCCUUCACAUAAUGGGUGUGGGGGGCAGGCUUGCAAGAGCCUAUCCUGCCCCCUAAAAUGCACAUGGAUCCUGGGGGGCAGCCUCUUUCCCUGCAGUACAAGAUCCAGGUGUCUGCAGGCUCUGGACAUGCCUGCCCCCUCCACAUAUAUACCCCCCACAGCUGGGACACCCAAGAAGGCACCAGCAGCCCACCAAUGGUGGACCCGUGGCUUUUGGUAAGAGAACCUAGGGAGGCAGCAGCAGCAGCCAAAGUUCAAAUGUGACUCUGCCUCUUUAAAUGCUGUGUGACUUCUUGUAGAUGGCUUGCCCUCUCUGUGCCUGCCUGCAACAUUAAAGUGAGACCGUGUGCUUUCUAGGAUUGUUGGGGGAUUAAAGCUCAAUGUUUAAAUGAGAUCACGGGCACAUAGUAGGCACCCAAUGCUACCUGUUUUCAGGAAGCUGCACUACACACAGAAGGGAUAAAGCCCAAUGCCCUUCUCAAGCCAACUCCCAGGACGCAGCAGGGUUUUUGCCCAAGGACCCUGGUCAGCCCAUGUCUGCCUCCAGCACCUCCCUCACUGUAUGGCCUGUAAGGAGAGCAGUGAUGGGGGAUCCAGCCCCGAUACCGAUCCCAUAAUAAGGUCCAGACUUCAAGAACUUUUUGUCUUUUGUUUUUAUAUAUAAAACAAAAUGGCCCUAGCCGAGCGGCAGGAAGAAAAGAUUUGACACAUGAGUAUGUACAUCGGUGGUGAAAGGCACAGGGGGUCCAUUUGGGGUGGGGGGUGGGGGGCAGCAGGU